UACUACCAGGCGUCAGGUGAACGGCGUGACAGGACGAUCGAUCAGUGACGGAUAAAUGAUGACGCUGUGGUGACGCAGAAACAGGCCCCGCCCAGCAGGCAGCAGAGUCAUGCAGCUGCAGGACGCUGGACCAAAUACUGAUUUUUCUCUAUACACACACCCUGGAUCGGUUUCUUCAUCGAUCUUGUCUGCAGAGUUUCAAGAAUGAGAAGAAUCAGAGCAACAACUUUCUUGAUGGCUGGAGCUCUUGGUCUGUUGGUCCUACAUAUCUUUAAAGAUUUUAUUGACCACAAGGCCAUACGUCUCCAUGCAGAUGUGAGAGAGGAUAACAGCCAAAGAAGGGAACCCAUGAAAAAAAACUCUUACUUAUUCUUCUGGCCAGGAUGCCAACAAAAUAUGUCUGCUGCCAACAUCUCAGACUUCAGCUCCCUCCCUGGUUCCAUAAAAGAUUUUCUCUACUACCGACACUGCCGCCAUUUCCCAAUGCUGCUGGACCUUCCAGACAAAUGUGGAGGAGCUGACAAAUCUGCAGAUGUAUUUCUUCUGCUGGUCAUUAAAAGCUCACCUGCGAACUACGACCGCCGAGAGGUGCUACGCAAAACCUGGGCCAAAGAGAGGUUACACAAGGGUGUGUGGAUUCGAAGGAUCUUCAUCUCAGGAACGUCGGGUGUCAGUUUUGAAAAGGACAGGCUGAACAAAAUUCUAGAGCUAGAGCAGCAGGAGUACAAUGACAUCCUUCAGUGGGACUUUAGUGACACAUUUUACAACCUCACCUUGAAGCAGAUACUCUUCCUGGAAUGGAUGGAGAGAAACUGUCCAAACGCUCGCUUCCUGCUGAAUGGUGAUGACGACGUCUUUGCCCACACAGGCAACAUGGUUGAGUAUCUCCGAAGCCUGAAGGACAAUGAUGGAAGUCAACACCUUUUCACUGGACAUCUAAUCCAGAAUGUGGGGCCCGUUAGAUCAUCAGGGAGCAAGUAUUAUAUCCCAGUUCAGGUGCAGAAGUCCAACUCAUACCCUCCUUACUGUGGUGGUGGAGGCUUCCUCCUGUCUGGUCAUACAGCUCUGGUCAUAUACAACAUGUCUCUGUCCAUCACCAUCCUUCCUAUUGAUGAUGUUUACAUGGGGAUGUGUCUGGCCAAAGCAGGACUUAAUCCUUCCUCCCAUAUGGGUGUGAAAACGGCAGGACUGUACAUUCCCUCCAGCACAUUAGACGGAUACGAUCCUUGUUUUUAUAAAGACGUCUUAUUGGUACACAGAUUCCUUCCAUCUCAGAUGUAUCUGAUGUGGCACAGGAUACACGAUCCUACUCUGAGGUGUUUCCCUUCCACGAAACAGCAUUAGCAGCACUAAACUGUAGCUCACUGGCGGUAACAGAGCUUGUUGACAAUUUACAUCUUGCACUAGCUCAAAUGGACUUAGGAAUGAUGGGCUUUUUUCUACAUGCUUUGGCUAGAAUGAAGAAACUGUCGUACACGUUUACCUCAUCCACUGCUGUCUGGUUAAUAGUGGGACUUCAGAUCUUGCUUUGCGUCAGAUUGCAUUGUUGGCCAGAUCUGAGCAGAUAGACGCAAAGCACUGCAUGAACUUACACAUUUGUUAUUUUCUAUCUAAUGUGUUCUGACUACUUACCCAUCCAGUAAAUAUCAGACAUCACGUUUCUCUUCCCUAAUGAAUGCAAGAUCAAUAUUUACUUGCCUUCUGACUUGCCAAAUGCCACGUGUCUUUACCAGUUUGUGCAAUGUUGCUGUGUAGGUACUGUACAGUCCUGGUGAGUGACUGCAUGAGCAUCUCGACAAAAAUAUGGAAUAAUAGUCAUAUAGAUCUGUUGGUGAGACCAAAUUGUGCAAAAAUAUAUAUAUAUAUAUAAUGCUUACCAACAGAAAGUCCUGUGUCUUUAAAUGAAAAUUUCUUUCCACAUUUGAAGCAAUACUGUGUGUAUGCUGGUUGACAAAGCUUUUUUUUUUUUUUUUUUUUUUUUUAAAGUCCCAAAUGCAAAAGCGGAGAAAGGAAGUGAUUAAACAGUGUGUUUUGUCUCCUGUAAUAUAAGCUGCAGUCAUCAGCUGUGAGUGUUUUCCUCAUCUGGACUAUACUGUUUCAAAUAUUGCCAGGAAUCUCAAAUGACAAUUUUGCCACUACUGUCAAUGCGAACUGAAUAUGUUUCAUGCGGGAACAAAAAGCUUUCUCAAAUGUGGGAGAAUUUACUGUUAUCCUGAUGUAAAUAAAUGGAUCUUACUGAUGGAUGCAUUUUUUUUUUGUAAAGCCAACAAAAAAUUCAGUAGAUGAUAUAUAUAUAUAUUCAUUGACUAUUUUCUCCAGUAUGAAACAUUCCAAUUUAGCUUCUUCCUGCAUUUGUGUCUGCUAAGAUAGUUAAUAUCUGAAUUUUGACACUGAGUAUGUCGUGAAACUCCAUGUACUGACUGAUGUAAACUGUCCCACCCACCCUGAGCAUACAGACGGGGUCUAAUUGAUCAGUUUAUCUGUGCAGCGCUGUGGACGGCUGUGGCCGUGAAGGACCUUUAAGGGAUUUAUUGUUUGCAGACACAUAGUUCUGUCACAGCUGUGGUUAAAAAAUGGCUGCUGUUGCAGUUUUGGAAAGAUCACAUGUUGUGUCAUCUGUGGGUGGACGUUUCCUGUAGUACUGAUUGAUUGUUUUGUGAACAUUGUAUUUACUGUAUAUAUUUGACAUUGGUUUUGUGAUUGUGUUGUAAUCAGAGAUGAGUUAUAAUCCACGAUAUAUUCUGACUACCAGCUGAUUCAUGUCCGUGAUGCUUUGUCCGCUCCAAACACUCCAACUGCCAAUAACUGGUACCAAAUAUUCCUUGGUCAUGUUUGCUUAAUGUUUGGUCAGAUAUUUUAAUCACACUUAUGUUAAGUUUAAUACUGUAUUUAUGCAAACAUCUGUGCUUUGUAUUGAACCCUUCUGAACAGCAACCAGCUCUCAGUGCGACUGAAGUCAGGCUUUAAGGUAGAAUGUGGUGUCCACAGCCUUACAAAAAUAUAAUUUAAAGAUAAUUCCUCAGGGUUACUUAAUGACAAAAAUUUAAUGUUAUUUAAUCUUCUGCUGAAGCUCCUCAAUUUUUCUUCUGUUUUAUGUUUUGUGUCAGCCUGAAUAUUUGUGUUAUAGAAAGAGAUUAAUGUGUUUGUGCCUUAUGUCUGUAUUUUUUGUACUGUCAAAUACUCAGACUUAAAGAAUAUCCCAAUCAUCAUAAGUUGCUUCUAGUAAAUAAUCAAAAGAAAGAUUACUGUAGGCUUUUUUAAAAGUUAGCUGACAUGUUUUCUGUGUGUGUAUGUUUUUACCUUGUCCUAUAUUCAAUAUAGUGAAUUGAAUAUAGACAGAAAUGUCACAGUGAUUUUGAUGCUGCUAAAAAGAGGUCAGACUGUUAGAAUUAAAAAAAACUUUGAAAUGAAACUUUUGAUGGAUUUAAUAAAACAAUAAAUUUAAUGAUAUAAAAAUAUACAUACAAUAUAUUGUGAUUUAUUUCUUGUUUGACUUUAAGGGCACACAUUGUUGGAAAUAUAUUGAAGGUUUAUUAGAGACGUCUUUAUUUUUUCAAAGUUAUCCAACAGAGCAGUUUGCAGCAGCACUAAUGAACCAGAGUUGAAUAGUUUUCAUUUUUGUCUUCGUACAUACUACAGACAUUGUAUAUGUGUAUUACGCAUAUAGACGAUAACACUGUGCAUAGCUGUUUACAUUCCAGCACCCAUAGGUUAGAUUUUGCAAGUUGCUUCAAAUGAAAAAGAAGGAAUGAGCAGCACAGAUUGCUUCUUCCAUGUAAUACUUGUAGCAUGUAUGAAACGCCUUCUGUUAGGCAGCAGCUCUUAAAUUAUUAGUCAAAGUAUACAAAAACAGUAACUAUCUUGCAACUCAUACUGUUGAACCAACACUCUCAGACAGUUAAAACAAAAACCAAACACUGUAAUAUCAUGAAGAUUCAUUGCAACCCUAGUGUAUUGGACUGGUUUUACUGAACUGUCAAGUGUGUAGAAUAGAUAUUCAACAGGUCACCUGGUAAAAGAAACAAAAGAAUCAUGUAUUUGUUGUUAAUAAAGAUAUUUAGUAUAGAUAUUAUUAUAAAUACAAUCUUUUACAUGCAAUAUGACACUUCAGGUAGUCUUUGUUUUGUCCUUUGUGUGAAGUUCUGUGAAGUCUGACCUUUAAAGAUGCGUCUAACCUUUACAACCUAGUUGUCCUCUUAGAGGAGUGAAGUUUCCUGUAAUUUGAUGUGUUUUGUUUCGUUUGGUUAGUCACAGCAUGUGAGAGUUUGUCUCACACCAAAAGGUGAGAGUUAGCAACUCUACUUAAUUCUUCCCUGAGGGAGGAGUUUGGUUUCAAUGUGUUGUGCCUGUUCCAUUCCAUUAUCACACCCGUAGAUGUUGACAGCAGGACCCGCUUAUACUCAUUGGCCAAAUAGUGUAUUAUCAUUAGCGAUAUUCCGAACCAGGCAACCUCAUGCAGUCCUGUGUAUAAGUGCAUGCAAAUCACCAUGGAAGCCUAUAACACUGAAUUUUGAAAGCUGUGGUCAAAAUGAUAAUUUCCUGAACCUAACCAGGGGGUUUCACAGAAAAGUCUGGGCUCUAUGUGGUUUUCCUUUCUUUUGGUUUCAUCCCUUUCCUGCAUCGUUUGAAGCCAACGACUGUUUACAUGAAUCUGCUCUGCUUAUUAGGAUAGACACUACUGAAGUGUUUAUAAAACAUUUUCAGAAGUUAUAAUAGUUUGUAAUAUGUGCUUGAGUCUGUACUGUUGAAAUCUCACCAUAUCUGCAACCCUCCUUUCCCAGCAUUUAGUUACUGAGUGUUGCUUUUACUGUGGUUAACUGAGGUUUGUUACAGUGAAGGUCACAUUACUGUUAUCAUGUUUAUUUAUUCAGUAUUUAAGUCUUUGCCAUUCCUAAGAUAUUGCAUAAGGCAAAGCUAAACAAAGUGCCAUAUUAGUUUUUGUAAUGUGAGAAGAACUGAACACAAGGGGAAGUUGAUAUUAUUAAAAAGAAAUUGCCCUGCUCGAAUAGACCAAAGGAUCUAUUUCUAACAUGAUUCAAACAUGUAAAGGUUAUAUUAUAAUUAAACUCUGCUCCUUUAAUUACCAUGUUCCUAAAAUUAGAAUCAUUCUUCUAGUCGGAUGUUACUUCAGUUGGCCGUUGUAAGAUCAGCUUUAAGGGUUGUGCAGCCAGAGUUUUAGGUCAUGUGAAUCUCAAAAUUGCAUUAAUGAUGUGAACGUGGCUAAGUAUGACUCCAAAGUUGAACUGUCUUUACAGUGAGGUCUGUAACACCUCAGUGUCGAAUGAUGAUGAGCCCAUGUUGUCCCACAUCCUCAGUAACAGGUGGGCGACUGGUUGCAGCCGUGCUGCCUGCGCUUGUUUCUGAAACUAAUGACUAAUUCAUGUAAAGCAAAGAAAAUAUGCUUAUACCUAGAUUCCUGGCUGACAGCCUUCGAUCUAAACUAUAAUAAUUUUGGAUCUACACAAAAUCAGAGGUAAUCAGUGCUCACCUUUCUGUGGAAGAAAAAUAGUCAGCAGCUGUUUUCCCUCAGUUUGCUUUCUUUUUGUUUGCUUAACUUCUUGCCAUUUACGGUGCCCUGCUUUGCUUUCUUAGGUGAAGACACAACUACCGCAGGGCACAUGGAUGCUCAGCUUGUUUAACUGUGCUUAGAGACGAGUAUUGAGGCCUCAGAGAGCCUCCACUAUCUUUUAUAAAUACAAAGUUCCAUUUCUCAAGUGAUCAGUCAAUCUUAGUUUAGUUAUGCCACUGAUAACUGAGAAAAAAAACAAUAAAAGUAUCUACAAACUCUUUGUUCAAGGCCUUUAUAUGCCAAGCCUGAUUCAGAUUAACUGUGGCAUUAAUGCUGCUUUAACAAACACAACCUGACCUGUGCACUUUUGUGUUUUGAGCCUUUGUUUAAAAGGUACGUGGCAGGAGGUUUGUGGACUUUUAAGUUUGGGCUACCCUUUGCAUCUAGCACUCGUGUUCAAAUUUUUUUAUGUCUAGAUACACAAAGUUACUGUAUUAGUCAGUGAAGCCUCUUUUUUUUUUUUUUUUUUAGCUCAUCAGAUCAGCUGUUUGGUUUGUGCUUUUGUUUUAGUGACAGAAGUGAGUCCGCUUCAGUUUCAUUGUAUUAUUUUUAUUCAUUUGGCAACCCGUCACCUCCUUCUCCACAUUUUGUGAACCUGUUGUAUUGUUUGACAUUUGAGUUUUCAACAUCCACCUUACAUACUCCACAGUUGUCAAAAGGGGACACAACAAUGCUAAUGAGAAAUAUGUGUGAUUUUUUUUUAUGGUUGAGUUUUAGGAGGAGAUGCAAUCACUGAUCUUGUUAACUGCUGGUAGAGAAGAGUAGAGAUGACAGCCAAGCACAGCCACCAAUCACAGACGGCUCCUAUGUAUUCAAAUAAACAUUGCUGCUGCCAACAUCUCAGGCAUCAGCUCUCUUCCUCGUGGUACAAAGACUUUGUCUAUUGCCGUCAUUUCCUCAUGCUGGUAGACCUUCCUGACAAAUCACUGAACUGCCACUAUCAAAAGCUGCUAUACAAAAUCUGGCCUAAAGACAGGUUUUACAACAGCAUGUGGAUCUGAAGGCUCAUUAACUCUAAUUUUAAGUCCUGUUUAAUAAUUAUGGGUGCAUUGUUAUUGUGUACAAAACAAAAACAAAUGGGAGGGAGCAGGGUGUUAACUCUGUAACGUAAUUAGUUAUUUAACAAAAACCAUCAUUUAUUUCUAGGUGCCUCUUAAAUGCACACGUCCCCCUUUUAUUAUCUGAAAAACUUUCAUUUUACACAGUGGAAAGCUUUUCAUUGUAUGUUUAAAAUUUGUCAGACUCUUUAAGUGUAUUUCAAGUCAUAGAUUCCAAACUCAAACACCUUGAGAUGGUUACACGGACUGUGGCUAGAUUUCAUUUGUUGUGUUUCCUGGUGUUUCUGAGUGUCGGUGGGUUACAGAUUAAACUGUUUCUGGAAAAUGUGCUUCCUUCCUGAACACAGACUGAUAACACAAGUCCCAUAGUGACGUAAAAUCCAAAGAAACAUUUGACUUGUUGGAGGAAUACUGUAUUUGGGGCAGUGAUACUAGAGUACAUACUGAGUAUACUAGUGGUUUCUCCGUGGAAUAAUGAACUGCAGCGCCCUCUUAUGGACACAUCAGGUUACUGCAGCAGAGAAAAACAUUCAAAGGAGCUGUGCUGCUUUCUAAAAUUUUUAUCAUUUCAUCAUGUUUGAUCUUCUUAGAGAAACUGCUUGACUAAAAAUAUUUGUCUCACACUUUUAAAUCAAGAGAAUGAGUUACUAAUUAUUCGAUAAUUUCACAAGUUCCUAUAAACUGCCACUAGAACGGUGAUUGAUUUUACACCUUGUAAAAGAUGCACUACAAGAAUUCAAAAUACAACAAAUCCUUUAUUGCAACAGAUUACAAGGCUUUGAAUGCACACAGCAAAAUAUUAAAUCCAAAAUAUAUGUUUUUAAACAAAAAGCUUAAAAUGAUUUUUCUGUAAUUGUUUGAAUCUUUCACACACAAUAAAUGUAAUCAAAAGCAAUAUAAGAGCAACUGACCUCACAUUCCCUGAGUCAACCUGUGCUUUCUUUGGUCAUGUUUCUAGCAUGACAAAAGUUGUUGUUAUGCUAAUCACUAACAAUUCAGAGUUUUCUGCAACAUAUGCAGAAAUGUCAGACUUGAGCAUUUACAGAACACUGAGCUUGCCCACUUUUCUGUUAUAAAUACUAUGUUUUUAUAUAUUUGACUGAAAGAAAGAGAAUUGCAAGAUGUGAUGUUUCAAUAAAAACAUACUUUGACAGUGGAAAGGAAUGGAAGAAGAAAUGCAGAAAAUUUCUAUUCUUCAUCUGCAUUUUCUGCACAAAAUCUGUCUGGGUUAAACAUUUUCUUGUGGAAAAGUAUUUAAAAACCUAAAAAAAAAAAAAACUCAUCUAAGCAAAUGGGAUUCUCUUCGUGGCUGUGAAUAAGUCUGUAAUGUAAUGUACAAUACAGGACUUGGACCUGAGCUUUUGGGGAGUAGCUUAUAGAAAACAUAAAAUCACUCUUUUAUCUGUCAGUAACGAGUCAGAACAUGCACGCUUCCAUGACUGGAUGCUCACUGUUGUGGGUGUGGAAUCACCUCUGUUGGGACAGUGAAUGAAAUCUUGUCAUUUCACAGCAUGAGUUCAACUGUGAGACACAACGAAGCUGCUUCUCAGCCUUUCAGGUUUUCUCUUUCAUCCUGCAUGAUCGUCUCAAUCUGGUCUCCUAGGCUGGAGAAACAGGGGCGCUCGUCGAAGCUGUAGGCCCAACACUGCUUCAUCAGACUGUACACCUGGUGGUACAGAGAGGACAAUUUCACGUCACAAUAGGAGAAGAGCUCGUGAAGAACCACGCCGAAACUCCAGACGUCUGAUUUGUGGGAGAAUCUGGACUCACUAAUGGACUCUGGAGCGUACCUGAAACAAAAGAACUGCGUGAAAUGAUGCACAGUUGCAGGAUCACUCUUCUCUACAGAUGCUUGAGCUGUGACUGAAAGCAGCUUUGAAAUUAAGGAAAUCUACCAGAAGAUGGGGCUCUCUCCCGGCUGUGUGACGCGGUAGUACUCCUUGUUGCAAGGAAUAACUUUGGUCAACCCAAAAUCAGCGAUCUUCACCAGCGACUCACUGGCCACGAGGAUGUUUCUGGCUGCGAGGUCUCGGUGGACAUAACGCAGAGUCUGCAGAUCUGAGAAGCAAAAAGCAGCAUCCUCCUGGUGUUGACGUUGUGUCGGUUAUUCUCCAAGUAGCCAAUGAGACUGCCAUGAGGGAGGUUCCAGCCUCGCAGCGGGGAGUUUCCAUUGUUGAAGAUUUCCCACACUGUGGCACCAAAGCUCCACUUAUCACACUCCAGGGUCAGAUCGUCUGGAGCCUCCAGCAACUCGGGGGCAACCCAGGGGAUCCUGUCCAGGACGACUGAAGAAAAAGCAACUUCAUUUACCACACUGGAUUAUCUAUUCAUCUGUUUAGUUAGACAUUUGAAUGCAACACUAGUUAAGAAACAAAUUCAGCUCAUGAGUCUAGUAACUUUUACAGUCCCAGAACAAAAACAACCCUUGUUUGUCACAUAUCUCUAAUUUUGCACUCAUUUUAUUAUACAUGUGAUAUCAUGAUUAGGGAGAGAUUAGAAAGCAGUCUUUUCUUUACCAUCCUUGCCCAGCAUAGCCACACUGAUUCCUGGGUCGCUCAGCUUGAUGAAGGGAGAUGUGCCCUGAGAAGGGUCGCCUUCUCUGGCCAGCAGCAGGUUUUUGGCACAAAUAUUUCCAUGAACAAUGUUUUUCUCUUCCUGCAAGAAAGUUAGAAGCUAAUACAGAUCCAAAUAUAGUGCCAAACUGGCAAACCCAAACUUAGCGGGUAAAAUAUCAUCUAGGGCAGAAGAAUAUUUGUGUCUUUAUAAUAUACUGUAAUGGCAUUUCAUAAGUCACUGUCAUUUUAAUUCUGGCAAUAAUAAGGGAAGAUAGCACAUCAAAUCUGGCAAUUUAAUGAUGCAAGCGAACAUGAAAUAAAUGAUUGUUUAUCCAGCCAA